CACCGGACCGUGGCCGCUGGUGGCCGCAGGCGCCCCAGGCCGCACACCGAUCGGACUGCGCUCCCUUCCCGUCCCCUCUCCUCCGGGGCAGCGGCUGCACUCUCGCCUCUCUGACCCAGAGGGCUGGACACACUGGGUAGGUAGGAGGCGGACAGCCUUGUUCCCUCCCAGGCAGAGGUCCGGACCGGCGAGAUGCGGCCCCGCGGCCCCGGCGCGCUCUUCCUACUAAUGCCGCUGCUCGUCGCCAGCUCCGCGCAGCUCGGUGCCCAGAACUGUGUGAACAAGCAGCAGCUCCUCACGGCCAUCCGCCAGCUGCAGCAGCUGCUCAAGACCCAGGAGACGCGCUUCGCCGAGGGCGUCCGCAGCGUGAGGAGCCGGCUGGCCGCGCUGCAGGGCUCCGUGAGCAGAGUGGGCCCAGAUGCACCCCCAGUGACCUGUCCUGCUCUGAAGGCCCCUCCGGACGGCAGGAAGUUCGGAAGCAAGUACUUAGUGGACCAUGAAGUCCACUUCACCUGUAACCCCGGGUUCCAGCUGGUUGGGCCCAGCAGCGUGGUGUGUCUCCACAACGGCACGUGGACGGGGGCAGAACCCCACUGCACAGACAUCAGCGAGUGCUCCAGCCAGCUCUGUCAGAAUGGUGGGACAUGUGUAGAAGGAGUCAACCAGUACAAAUGCAUUUGUCCCCCAGGAAGGACUGGGAACCGCUGUCAGCAGCAGGCCCAGACUGCCACCCCGGAGCGCGUGGUGAGCGACCCCGCCUUCAGCCGCGCGCCCCGCUGCGCGCAGGUGGAGAGGACCCGGCAGUGCAGCUGUGAGGCCGGCUUCCAGCUGAGCGGUGUGGCUGGCGACAGCGUCUGUCAGGAUGUGAAUGAGUGUGAACUCUAUGGGCAGGAGGCACGCCCCCGGCUCUGCAUGCACGCCUGUGUGAACACACCUGGUUCCUACCGCUGUGCUUGCCCCAGUGGGUACCGGACCCUGCCGGAUGGGAAAAGCUGCGAGGAUGUCGACGAGUGUGUGAGCCCUCAGCACCUGUGUCCCCGGGGGACCACGUGUGUCAACACCGGGGGGAGCUUCCAGUGCGUCAGUCCCGCGUGCCCAGAGGCCAGUGGCAACGUGAGCUACGUGAAGACGUCCCCCUUCCAGUGUGAGCGGAACCCCUGCCCCAUGGACAGCAGACCCUGCCGCCUCCUGCCCAAGACCAUCUCCUUCCACUACCUGUCUCUGCCCUCCAACCUGACCACGCCCAUCGCACUCUUCCGAGUGGCUACAGCCUCAGCGCCGGGCAGACCCGGACCCAACAGCCUGAGGUUCGGCAUCGUGGGUGGGAAUGGCCGGGGCCACUUUGUAAUGCAGCGCGCAGACCGCCAGACGGGGGAGUUGAUCCUGGUCCAGACCCUGGAGGGGCCUCAGACGCUGGAGGUGGAUGUUGACAUGUCAGAAUACCUGGACCGCUCCUUCCAGGCCAACCACUUGUCCAAGGUCACUAUCUUUGUGUCCCCGUACGACUUCUAAGGGUGCAGGGGGCACAGGACGUGCAGCUCUGGGCUUAGGUCUCUUCCUGGAAGGCUCAGCUGUGGGUGCUCACUGCAACAGCCAUGUGCCCUCCUCGAUCCCUGCCCGGGUGUCUCGGGCAGUGCUGCACUGGACCCAGGACCCGCACAGAAGGGCAGCCACCAAACCCAAAGCUGCUAUCACUUUGGUUUCCUGCUUUAGGGCCCUUCCCUUAGGUUACACACUAACUUUCUGAAAUCUUUUACAGGGGAAUGGGCAACUUUAGAAAAUAAGGUGUGAAUGGCGCUACGAGUGUGUGUCUGAGGACAUUGUCAGCCCUCCUCAUUGCCUUGGUCAUGCUGAGGGUCCAGUCGUGCCCUGUAUGUGUGGCAUGGGGGUUGGUCCUCAGCCACGACUCAGCAUGCUGUUCCUGUCUGCAUCCCCUCUGUGACAUGCUGUCAGCCUUCUCACCAGAGAGCCAUGCAGGACCUGGGACCCCCACGUAGAUUCUUCUAGUCCAAGAGACCAACAUUAAAGCAUAGCUUCUGCCUGAAUUGCUUCCUUUUGAGAAAUCACAGCUCAAAAAACACAACCUGGGAUUCUAAUGAAGAAAUAAAGUUUAUUGCUUCUCGCUGCCCACCUGGCCUGUCCCUGAACGUGAGCUGGCCACAUUCAUUCUAGGAGGGAACACCUGGGCCUCUUCCUGUCCAGACUGGACCUGCUGGGAUACGUGACUAAGAAAGAAAACAUGGGCAACUGGGAUCAGUCCCCCACUGGGAAUCUGGUCUGGCCCCUGGGACAUUGUUAAGGCAACAUCUGGCCGCAGGGAGUUUAUGAAGACACUUGAACUGUCACUGAUUCCGAGGCUUCUACUUCUGAUGGAUGAGGGGGGCAAUGCUCCCCAGGGACUGGCUGGGCUGGCACGGAGGGGGCUGGGCUGGAAGAGACUGUCCAGAUUAAAACUCAGAAGCUGGUGAGCUGUGAGGAGGUCUUAGUAUCUAAAUACACGUCAGGCUAGAAGAGGCUUCAUUGCAGAUGUCAUUCAGACAUCUUUGUUUGCCUUGGUACGAAGUGGGCAGAGGAGGUGUGUUGCUAGGUGAAUGGGCAGGCCCACAUCAAGAUGUUUCGGGGACACUGUCCUCGUCUUAUUUUGUCAGAUGAAGAAUGAGAUGCAGUCAAGUGUUGCCUUUGACACUUUUCUCCUCCUCCCAUGGGCUCAGCUGCCAUGUCUCCAACAACAGGAUGAGGGCCUGCAAAUCUGCUUUACUGGGUUGAUACAGGACUCUAUUAAAACUGUGUUUCCAAAUGGUGCUGUGACGAGCCACCCAGUCCCCUGUGCAGAAUGUCCAGUAGGAGAGUACAGGGGCCUGUCCAUGUUCCUGAAAUUAAGAUGUCACAGCAGGGUGCUUGUUCCUCCUUCUUGCUGGGAACAGGGGUGGCUCCCGGGGACAAGCGUCUCACCUCCAGCAGGUGAGGAGGGUAGGGGUGUGCAGAAUCGGUGCCCCGCCUCACCUGGUGUGUGCCGUGGAUGCUGCACAGGCCCCAUCUAAAGCAGUGGCUUGCUCACCCAGAGCUGCCAUCACAGCACCACACAGGAAUGCUGAGGUGCUCGGGCCCCUCCUGUGGAUCGUGCCUGUGGAAGCCACCAGCUCCAAUGUGUGCCAGAUCAGAGUAGCCGGUAAUUCCAGGUAUUAAUGUGCACCCCUCUUCAGGAGACACGGUUUCACAGAAUUUGGCAGGGGCUUUUAAAGCAUUUUUAUCCUGCAUGUAGCAGACUCAUACAGAAGGAGGGAGACUGAUAUAAUGAGCCCGUGUUCGAUCGUGGCCAAUCUUGCUCCACCUCUCGUGUCACCCCACCCAGGACAACCUUGAAGGUCCUGGACAUCACAUCAUUUCAUCUGUAAGUAUUUCAGCCUGUAUCUCUAAACCAUAAGGACUUUUAAAACCUAAAUUCAAUACCAAAGGCACCUAUAAAAAUAACAACAGUUCCUAAUCCCUUCAAGCAUUCAGUCAUUGUUCACAUUUCUGAGUGACUCAUGACUUUCCGCCUGUUGGUUUGAAUUAGGCCCAGGCUCUGUGAUUUGCCCAUAUGCCUCUCAAGCCUCCUUUGACCUAUAGCACUGCUUCUCACACUGCAGCCUGAGGUGGGAGGGUCUGGGGGCUUGCUAGGAGACAGACUGCUGGGCUAUUUGUCCUGCAAAAAUUUCUCAGCGUCUGGGUUUUCCUGAGUGCGCCUCUGUCAUGUCUUUUAACAUUUUUUCUGUCCUCUCUGUCUCUCAUAUGUCAGCAGUUAUAUCUGGAGAUUCGAUCAGGCUCCAGUUAGGUUUAUUUCUGCAAGACCUCCUACAGGUACGUACUAGGUCCUCCCCGUGGGAGCCCUGGGCUCUCACCUCUCUUUUCUGAGCAGCCACUGGUGACUAUGGAUAUAGCCAUGACCCCUUCAGGGGUUGCAAGUAACAUUCCAGUGUAUGUGUUUCCUCGGUGCUUAUUAGCUGUCGUUCUCCAUAAAGAGAAACCUCUUCUCAUCAAUUGUUUCGUUUGCUUGGGGUCUGGUCUGUAUAAGAAAGGCAGAGGAAACCCUUCGCUCUUCCCCUUUGUCAGUCUCCAGCGGGAGUCGUUUGGGUCACUGAGUACAUGAUGAACUCUUGGUUGGGACACACUUGAUAUGUAUAUUCCAGACCAUCGCAGUCAUCGCAGUUAAGUGUCACGGCUGUCUUUGGCUCCUGGGAACUGCUUCAAGGUGGCUGAGUCCCUUUGACAUGACCCCUGGGGUCUUGAACAGCUUCACAGUUGUCUUUACAUGUCUUUACUAUGAGGUGUUUCAAGCUCAUCUCAUAUGUUUUAUGCCCCAGCCUGUGGUCGCCCAUUUUUCCCUGGGAUCCUUGGUUCCUGUAAUCGGACCUUGGUGCGUGGGGUGCCCAUCGGUCUUCUUUGCUUGUUGUUUCUUGGUUUUGGUGGGCAGAGCUUGGAAAUAUGUACUGUUAACUUCUGUUUGUUUGUUUCUUUAAAGAAAAAAUACUACAUGAGUUUGUAUUAGUCCUUCCAGUUCAGUUCAGGACUGCAGGGUUCAAAGAGAGCUCAUUGGUCCUGCAAUGCUGUUCUUCCCUCACCUGAAAACCUCCUUCUCAGAAUCCCCAGAAAGACAAUGCUAACAUCAUUACAAAACUAUCACUCAACACAGUUAAAGUUUUUCUUUUGCCGUUCUUUUUGUCUUUAGGGAUUGUGCCAUAGGGGACAUAGUCAAAUGUCUGUUUUAAAACAACCUGGGAAGUUCCUCUCUCUGCCCCAAACGUGAAGCGGGAUUAUGGUUAUUCACUCGGUUUUGCUUACACUUUGAGAGACAGCUUUUUUCAUUGUAAUUUUUUUUACAAUUAGGUAAAUGAUUUAUGCGGUUCCCAAGUCAAGUCCACAAAGUGGGCUGAAUUCAGAGAAGUCUGUAUUUCAUGCCCUUCCACCUACUGCCUUCUCCUGCCAUAGACAGUCACCGUUUUGGGUUUACCCUUCUUUUUAAAAAUGUGCGUCAGCCAAUAGUAAAUGAUAGUGUACUAUUUUACAUGUUCCUGAUCUUGCUUUCUUCCCCCUCAAUGUACUGGAUGUCGCUCUAUAGAGCCACACGGAACGCUCUCCUAUAAAAUGCCCUGUUAUGAGGACAUACCAUUGUUUAUCCGACCAGUCACCCUUGAUUGACACUGGGUUGUCUCCAGUCCUUUGCUAUUAAAAUAGUGCAGCAAUGUGCAUUUGUGUUUUUGUGUUUUUGCCUUUGUAUCUCUGGGGUCAGUUUUUCCUCCAUAAAGGUCCUACUACUUUCUCUCCCCAACAAUGUGUAAGAGUCUUGUGUCUGUAUCAAAGAAGGCCCAGGGCAUCCCAGUCCCUCCCUGGGAAAGGCAGAGAGGCUGAAUGGAGGGCUGACGUGGGCGUGGCCAUCAAGAGCCACCAGGAAGAGAUGAGGUAAGCCAGCUGGAUUGCUGGCUCCUGAGCAAAGGGAAGGCUGCUAGGAUUUUUCGGUAACUUUUAAAAAUCAUCUUAUUUUCAAGUAACACCCCCAACACUGGCAAACAGAAAAGGAAAAUAAAUUGAAAACAAAAUAUCACCACAAAGUCACAGUAAACGAUGCAUUUAUGGGGGUCUGAGCACGUGUCUCGGAGAGACGUGAAGUCAGACUAAAUGGUUCACGUUUCACUGAGCUCAGACUACACAGGUGGAAAGGCAGACUUUUGUGACUUUGACCUUGUAUGUAUGAGACUCUGUCGGUGUUUAUAAGCUGCAUAAAAGUUCCUGAAUGUUCAUGUGUUCCAGGCACUGUUUUGUUACUUAGGUCACGAUGGUGACCAACCUGACAGGGACCCUGACCUCAUCGAGCUUACGUUCCCCCAAGUGAGAACAUAAUACACACAUAAAAAGAAAAGCAUGUGAUUUCCAGGAGGGAUGUGUCUACGAGAAUAGAAGCACAAAAGAGGGUGGCCAUACAUGGUAAAUGUGUGCAGGUUCACCAGCCGUGUAGCCCAGAUGUGACACACACUGCCAUCGUAUGUGGUGACAGCUGGGUCCUGGUUCCCGGCAUUUGGAACUGACUCAGAAUGUCAAGUGUGCGAAUGCAGUGGUGGUGUCAAGCGAAAACGGGGCUCAUGUGCACAAAGGAAAAGCACCACACAGAGCAAGCUGCUGUGCUGGCUUGGAGAAAGGAACCAGGAGCCCAUGGGACCUGCAGGGACAACCUAAUUGUCUCUCUCUCUUUUUAAAAGAGACUUUUAUUAAAAUAUAGCUAACAUAC